UGAAAAUGUACCUACAAUGUGUUACGUAUGUCACAAUAAGGUGACAUUUGUACAUUAAGUUGGAUUAACAAUCCAUAGUAAAAUGUAAGCAAGGUAACUACAUCCAAGUAUAUAAUACAUCAUUUUUUUGUUUUUGUAUUUUUUUCACACAGAAAAAUAUUUCUUAUAUUGUUUAAGAACUUUUUCUUUGUAGUUUCAAACUGAUUUAAUGAAAUCAAACAGAAUUAAAGAAAUUUAAAACUUAUUAAAUCUUAUAACCAGAAUUUAUUGUUUAAAGUAUGCCAAGUUUGCCAUUUGAUCAGGCAACUCUUGAGGAAGUAUUGGAGGUGAGAGGUGAGCCAUUGUAUGAGGAAGAGUUAUGGGCCUUGGUAAUGGAAGGUGUUAAUGCACUGAGAAGUGUUUUAUCUAAAGGUGAACGUGAUGAACGGCUGUACCAUCUGGCACAUACUUUAAGACCUGACACGAUUUUACUUUGUUUAAAUGGAAGAAUUAGAUUUGCAAUUACUAAGCAUGUUAAAACUGAUCCAAGAUUUGUUCCACCUGAAACUUACUCUGAAAAAUCGAAGUCAAAGUCGAAUAUGGAAAAGAUGCUGAUUUACUCUUUGGGCAUGGCCGUGUUAAGUGCUGCAGAGAAUGGAGAAAGUGUUAAAUUCCAACUUGACAGAAAUCUAGAUGCACUUCUUUGCAACAUGGUUGAAGAUAUCUACUAUAUGCGAUCAAGUAUCUCUGAAAUAAUUCAAGUAUGUCUUGAACAUAUUGAUUCUACUACUUGUUAUAUAAAAAUCAAAAGUAUGGCUGCAGAAAUUGUUGGUCCUUAUGGCUUGGAGCCAUUAACAGCCAACACAGAAUUGAUCCUUCCCCAAAUACCCACAAAAUCUUUGACGAAUGGAGAUAACAAGGAAAAUUACCCAUUCGAUCCUGGUCCAAUGUCACACAUACAACCUAUGGAAGCCUUGAAACCAGUCACUUCAUCCAAAGAAAAGGGAAUAACCAUAGACAUAACUGAUCAUGGUGGUCGACCAAUGCUAAAUUCACUUGACCAAAACUCUUGGGACAUCCCAAAACAACAAGCAAACUCCCCUUCCACAAGACAUCCUUUGUCACCAAGAUCACUGAACAUGGACGGUGGGAGAAUGACAAACUUUUCAAAACCUGAUGUGGUUGGGGCACCUGAGCAGCUGCUAGAAUCAAAAGCCUGGUCACCAACUUAUUCUAGUCCUGACUUUAAAGUUCUAAUGGAUUUAGAACAUAAAAAGCUUGCUGAAGACGGGUAUACCAGAGAUGUACCUAGGAUGAUUUCUCCAAGCAAAAACUAUAGAAGUAUGCCAGCAUUAAAUAACAUGGCAGAACAACAAUCACCACCUUUGAAUCACCAAUAUAAACACAAAAUAAAGGAAACACCAGUGGGAUUACCCCGUUACAAAAGUGCCAGUUUUAUAGCAGAUUCUACAUCCGUUCAUACACCCACCAGUCAGUAUUCAUCCCAAAUUUCAUUAACACAUGGUGCAUAUGUAUUGGAUGCAGAUUCCAAUUGGGGACAAACUUUAAAAAGGUUUGGUAGUGGCAGUACAAUAUCUCAAUACUCAGAUGAUGGCUCAAAAUAUUUUACAACUUUGCAGCCACAACAAUAUCGACCAAUCGAGUUGCCCCACUUAGGUCCUGAGUUUAUUCGAAUAUCUGCAGAUCCGGACACUGCUUUCGUUGACAUAACACCACCUCGUUUAGGACCAUUGCCAAAAGGUACACGUCCAGUAUCAGUUUUUCUCCCUAACACACAAAAAGUGCAAACUAAUGUCCAGGUGAAUUCUAAGGGAAAGGAGUUAUUUGAUCAAAUUGUUGUCUAUUUGGGUUUAAAGGAAACCGUUUAUUUUGGUUUAACAGAAAUCAAAGAUGAAGAACAUCUCUUCCUGGACUUAGACACAAAAUUAUCAAAGCAUGCCCCUGCUGGCUGGAAGGAUGAGAAUCCAAAAAAGAGGAAGAUAGAAUUCAUAUUGCAUUUUAAAGUCAAGUUCUUUGUGGAGAACCCAAGUACUCUCAAACACAACUUAACUGCACAUUUAUACUACAUCCAACUCCGUCAAGAUCUGUUGAGUGGGUAUACCCAUUGUCCAGAUGAAACCUUAUUGCUGUUAACAUCGUAUGCUCUUCAAGCUGAGUAUGGACCAUUUGAACCAGAAUAUCAUGGAACAGAAUAUUUUCGAAUUGAAAGUUAUUUACCUGGUCGAGUUUUAAGCCGUAUGAGUCGAUUAGAAUUACUUCGAAAACUACCAUUAAUGCAUCAAUCUCACAAUGCCUUGGAGAGUCAUGCAGCUGAAGCUGGUUUUUUAGAGGAGGCCAAAAAGUUGCCUGAGUAUGGUGUCAUCUUUCAUAAAGUGUCAAGAUCAAAGAAGAUAGAAACAGACAUUGUAUGGCUUGGUAUAUGUGUCAAAGGAAUUAUUAUAUUAGAGCCUAAAGGUAAACAAAGGGCUGCAGUUCAUAAACAAGAAUGGAACUUGAUAAAAGAAUUCAAUUUUGAGAAAAAGAAAUUUUUAAUCAAACCAAAAAAUCCGGAAGAACAUCCUAAAAUGGUUUUCUACACAAAUCAUUAUCGAAGAUCAAAAUAUUUAUUCAAGAUGUGCCAAUCAUUCCAUCGUUUUCAGAUUUUUAACGAAACUAGAGCAUCCAGCAAACCUACAAUGCAAGGCUCUCUAGUAAAAAAAGACGUGAAGGAAAGUAAACAAUAUUUUGAAGACAAAAAAGCAGAUGUGAACCAACAACAGAAUAAUGACAGAGAAAAAAAAAUUGUCUUGGUAAACUUGCGAAAGACUUCAAAGGAAGGGUUAGGGAUAACAAUAGUUGGCGGUGAAGAUUCUAAUCGAAUAUCUCAAGGAAUAUUUAUAAAGAAAAUAAAGCCUGGAAGUUUAUGUGCUAAGGAUGAAAGAUUAAAUGAAGGUGACAAAAUCAUAUCUGUUAAUGGCCAUAGUUUGGAAACUGCGUCCCACGAUGAAGCAGUUAACGUUUUGCGCAAUGCUGGAAACGAAAUUGAACUCAUAGUGUCAAAGAUGGUGGGAAAUGCCAGUAUUUUAGAUGUGACUGGUUUAUCACCAACUAUGAACCAUUUACAAUUAAUCCGAGAAGACCAACAGAAAUGGACAAGUACACAAAAGUCUGAACAUCAUGCCAAUUUAAAAGAAAAAUUAUCAGGAAUUGAUUUUAUUGAUGAUGACGAUGAGGAGGAGGAUCAAUUUAGUGAACGCCCAAUUGAUGUUCCAAACACAAAGAAAGUACCAAAAGACAACACUGUUGUCAAAGAUGUUGCACCAAGAGAAAGUUCACACACUCGAAAUGAAAGAUCUGCUGAUCAAGCGGGUAGUCCAAGAGGGAUGUUUUUGGUAAACGAUGUUGAAAUCAAUCAUGAUGAGGAUUCUUUGUAUAGUGAAACUGAAGACAGCUUUUCAGAACAAAAUACUACUUUAAAAAGGUUUGGGGGUUUUGAAGAGUUAGACAAAAUUGAUAGUCUUGAUCAACCAAAUUUUUUUCACAAUGUGUUCAAGAAGAAUUCUGUAGAAAAAGAGAACAAUCUUCGCCAGCACGAAGUUGAUGUUGUGCAAAGUGUACCAGGCAACCAUGUGGGAGUUGAUAUGAACGAAACCAUUGAAGAUAUAGAAGUUGAGAUUCGAAGAGAAAAAGGAUCGUAUGGAUUCAGCGUAAUGGGCGGAAUAGAAAGUUCUCUGCCACUUGGUGGUAUCUACAUACGAUCUUUACAAAAUAAUGGAACAGCAAAAGCUACUAGCAAAAUCAGGACGGGUGAUCGUUUAUUGUCUAUAAAUGGUGUAUCCUUGGAACAUGUUUCUCAUAAAGAGGCAGUUGAAACGAUACAGAAUGCACCACUUUCCACAUCCGUAAUUAUUGACCGAGGAAUCGAGAUAUCUCCCGAAUACCUAGCAGCUGUUUCACCAGUUGUUAAUAAAUUUCAAAGUUUAAAAGCUGAACAUUCAAAACAGCAUGUAUUCGAAGAAGAAAUCGAAAAAGUGAAUGAUGGAAUUGGGCUCAGUUUAGCUGGUGGUAAAGAUUCUGACAUUGUGUAUCAAGGUCAGCUUAUGAUCAAAAAAUUAUUUCCUGGACAGCCCAUGGAGCAAAGUGGUAAGUUCUGCGUUGGAGAUGUGAUUUUAGCGAUAAACGAUCAAAUCGUGGAAGAGAUGACGUUGCAGGAAGCCCUCAGUGUGAUUCGUUCUGCUUCGAAGACAGUAAAGAUCAUAGCAAAACGACCCAGCAGAUCCGACAUCCCAGAAGAGCUGUUUCUGCAUAGUCGACCUGUUUCUCCAGAAAAAUUGUUGCAAGACUUUCAUAAGAAGGAUAUGCAAGUUGAUGGUCGUGGAUCCCGAGAGGGAAACAGAAUUGCGAAACAGUUGCUUCAAGCUAUGGCAUACAACGACUCUGAUGAUUCGGCUGAUGGCUUCAGUUUUUCUGAAGGUUUAAGCAACGACGAGAACGGUGUGAAUGAUGAUGAAAUAUUAGUGCUUCCACCCAAACCAACCCAGCCAAAAUCUGACAAGAUUGAAAAAAAUAUACCUAAAGGAUUGAACCUACUACCAAUGAAUAAAAAAACUAAAGCUGUUUCAGACAAUAUCCCCUUGGCAACUAGCACUCCUUCGCCAAGAAGUUUGUUGGAUGUGGUAGAUGGCAUGCAGCAAAAUAUGGAUGUAGAAACAAAGGAAAACCAAGGUGAAAGAGAACGUCUACAUAACCAGUUUAAAAAUGUUAAUGAAGAGGAUUCUCAAAGUAGGACGGAUUCUGACUCGUCGUUGGGUUAUCGCCGUCAUCGGCCAUCUAAACAAAAACAUGACGGCGAUAUUAAAUUAGAUCAUCUGAAAGGUGCAUCCAAUGUAUUAUAUUUAGUCAAGGAUGAACAAGGAAGGCAUGGUCUUUUAUUUGAAAACAUCAAAAAUCAACUUGUUGUGAAAGAAGUGUUAAAGGAUCAACCAGCUGACUUACAACAAGCUUUUCAAAAAGGACUUGUUAUUAAAAGUAUUAAUAAUCAAUCUACUCAAUCGUUCACGCCUCAAAUGGCUGAUGCUCUAAUUGCAUCGCUUGACUCAAGAGUCAAGUUUGAUGUUGAGCCUGCUCUUAUAACGGAACAAGUUCAAGAAGCAGUAGUGGAAAAGACGGAGACGUCGUUUAGUACUGAGAAGGUACCCACUGACCAACAGAACUCAAAUAACCCAUAUUUAAAUCGAAAUGAGGCUACAUCUCUAGGUGCGGCGUCAACUCCAGGUGGAGUAUUUCGUGCUGUGCCAAGCUCUCCUGUUUUAAAGAGGCUUGAUAUGUCGAGUAGGUCGCCGUCACACGAUAGUGGAUCAAGAAGAGUUUCUUCGUCAUCAGUGACGUCAUCCACGGGAGAAGUGAUUCUUGUUCAACUGGAAAAAGGAUCAAAAGGUUUGGGUAUCACAUUAGGGUCUGGUAAUGAUAUUGAUAGCGACUAUGUUUUUAUCAAGAAAAUUGUACCAGGUAGCGUUGCAGAAGAGAACGGACAACUUCGUAUACGGGAUCGACUAAUUUGUAUAAAUGGUGAAAACGUAGAAGAUUCAACACAGAAAGAGAUUGUUGCCAGAUUUCGAAGACUUUCCGGAACUGUAGCUCUAGAGUGUUACAGACCACCAGACAAUAUCUCCCCAACCCAUAAAUCUCGCUUGUCACCGGCUAAGACUUCAAGUAUAAAUCCACUCAAACUGCCAACGUUACCAGCACCGCUUGUAAACCAAUCACAAAAAAAAGGAAUAAAGAUACCGAAAAACCACUUUGAAUUAAAUAAAUUAAAUGGAGAAUCGAAAAUGGAAAACCAUGGGGAGAAAAUGGAAAACCACGGGGAGAAAAUGACUGAAACUAUCUUUUCGUCGAGUAGAGCUGCAUUUGACUUCUCUGCUGGGCCAUCCAAUACUAACUCCUCGUCUACAAUGAGCUCCGAUGAGAACGAUGCUUACGUCGAACUAAAUACUGCUCCUACUUACUAUCCCCGCAGAGAUGUAAGACAUAUUCGUGAUAUGAAACGAAUGCUUUCUCCAAUUGAAUCUGCAUCUACAACUUUAGAAGUGACAGCGAUGGAGGAAAACCACAAAGAAGAAGAACAAAUAGUACAGGACAAAAAAACAGAGUUUGACAUAGCGAAUGAGUUUAAUAUUGCUGACUUAGUGAUUCCUCCACCUCAACUACCUGAUGAUGUUGGAUGGAGUUCAGAUGAUGACCUUAACUCUCAAUCUCUGGAUUUUUCUCUUCCUGGGAUGGAUGUUAACGGAGUACUUCAACCAUCCAGCUCGAGCAAUAGUCUUAACAAUGAGAAAGAAGAUAAAACAGUGGCGAAAAAGGUAAACGGUAAUAUUGCUACUAAAUCUAAUGAAAAUAUUUCUGCAUCCCCUGCAAGUAAAGAAAAGACUGGGUCACCAGCGAAUGUUGUUUCCAGACCUCCUUCCGGUGCAUCUUCUUCACAGAGUAUGCGCAGUGGUAUUCCCCGUCUGAUCAGGUCUCGAUCGAACUCAUUGUCCUCUGAGAACUCCUCAAGAUGUCCAUCAAGAAAGCAAUCGAUCGAGUCACAAAAUGUAAUAUCUGCUGACAUCAGCUUUAAAAACGGCAACCCUUCCACUGAAGAUCAUUUUGUGGAAAGAAAAAAUUUCGUUUUCUAUACAAAAGAUAGAAUUAGUAAAUUGAUCAAAUCUAUUGAUACUAAAAUGGAGAAUUUACAAAUCAAUUCGGAGUUCAUGACUCUUCGUCAAGUGAAAACAACUUCGACUUCUGAUGUGGGCAAUCGAGCCUGCAAUCGAGGGAAGAAUCGAAACAAAACAAUAUUGCCCUAUGAUGACAACCGCAUAGUGCUGGCAGGUGGCGAAGAAACUGAUUACAUCAACGCGUCACUUAUCAAGAUUCCAAUCGAAGGGAGAACACUGGAUUACAUUGUAACACAGGCUCCGUUAGAAUCGACGGUUAACGACUUCUGGAGAUGUAUUUGGGAACAAAAGAUCGAGCUUGUAGUUAUGUUGACUAAGCAAAUUGAAGGAGGAAAGGCCAAGUGUUAUCAGUAUUGGCCGAAUGCUACCGCCUCUCCAAUGAAGAUCAUGGAUAAAUUUGAAAUUGAACUGCUUUACGAAGAAGACAAUGGAUCCUUUAUAUACAGACAGAUACAACUACGAAAUUCCAGGAUGGACAAAUCAUUGUUUAUAACACAAGCUGCUUUUACAUCAUGGCCUGAUAAUGGUGUGCCAAAGGAUGUGAUAGAGUUCUUGGGGUUCAUGAAAUUUGCUCAAAACUUUAGAUCUUCUUCUCCGACAUUAGUACACUGCAGUUCUGGUGUUGGACGAAGUGGUGCUUAUGUUGUGAUCGAUAGUGUUUGGAACGCCAUAGAAUAUGACGUAAUGUUCGACGUAAGUAAAAUCACCAAACUUGGUAAAGAGCAAAGACAACUGCUUAUCCAAACCAAGGAACAGUAUCAAUUCUGCUAUCGAGUCAUUCGAGAGCUUCUGGACGAUAUACCAUGGUGAAAGAUCAAGAAACUAUAGCAGACAUUAUGUUUCAGUUUAGUUACUGUGGUUGAGUUACACGCCCCUCUUUUCCCUGCUCCCUUUUUACUUUCUCUCAUGAUAACCCUCUGUUAUAAAUUACAACCAAGUUCAAACCUCUCUUAACAAAAAUCUGUUUUAGGAUUGUGAGAAGUAUCCAAAAUCUAGGUUAUGUUAAAAAAAUUAUUCAGUUGCAUUUAUUUAUUUGUAUUUUGUACAUCGGAUUUUUAAAUAUAUUAUUUGUUUCAUUUA